UCUGUGCGGUAACAUCAGUGUACCAGUAACACACGCUUAUAAAUCACAGAAAGAUGGCAGCGUGUGUGAACCUGGAGAUUCAGAUCUCGUCUGUGCUGGAGACUUUAACCCGAACGGCGGUGCAGGAGAUCUGUAAACUGGUCGAUACUGAAUGUUUAGAGAUGCGACUGGAAAUCCGCAAAGGCCAAAAUCAGAUCGAAACACUGAAACGAAAGAUCCAGGAUCUGAAGAAAGAACUGAAGAAGCCUUCUUUGUCUCCACUGGGUCUGAUCGAGCCUCAGCAGCACAGAGAUAAUGGAGUUAAUGAUCCGCAUCAAGAGUCUAACUUUCAGGAUAACGACAAGUGUACGAAGACGAAUACCCUGAGACUGACGACAAACCUGCAAGAGAACGAGAAUCAAGGAAUCCAAAAUUCUUUUUCCAGCUCAAGAUGUGAACAAAGUCCAGCCUGCAUGUUUUCACUUUCUGAUAGAGGUGUAACAUGUAGGGAAUCCCAAAUUCCUACUGACUCACUGACUGCUGAAGAUAAAGCAGACGUUAGGGGGCACAGCACCGCUGCGCUAAAAGUAGAGCCUACGAGUCACCAUGUAUCUACAGCACAGUGCCAGUUUGAGAUCUGCCAGGCUGACAAAAGGCAGUGCACGUCCAGCUGUAUGACAGGGGGCGACAAUAAUCAUUUUGGCGCUGCAGAAGAGUUCCAGCCACAGUCAGCUUACCAAAACCAACAGCUCUCGGGACAAGAAUCAGACUACAAAUAUGACUCAACCAUUAAUCACCAAAAUGGGGCUGCAGGCGAAGCACACGGGAACCUUAGUGGUGUGAACUUUAAAACUGAGGUGGAGGAGGAGCCUCUUACAAAAACGACCAGUGAACUGGAUCCAUGCUCAAUUAUGGACGGCGAUGCGUUUCCGUGGCCCUCUUUGGCUUCAGUGAACUUCGAGACGAAUGCAGGUAAUCCUGGAUGCUCAUCAAUGCUGCAUCAGAGUAUACCUGCAUCCCACAUCGACCCCCAUGUGUUUAACCUAAAUUUGGCCACUGAGAUUUUACCCUCUAAAGGUAUACCGUAUAGUAUUGAGCCAGUACCAAAACAGCCAACGGAAAGAAAGAACCAGGGCCGAAUCCAAACCUCUCCACUCCGUCAGAACUCCGCCAGCUUGUCCAUGAUGCUGGGCUCCAGGGGUCUGCCGAGAGCUCACAACCACCACAAACCUUUCUCCUGCUCCUUCUGUCCUAAAAGCUUCCAGAGCACGACUGACCUGACGAGGCAUCAGCGCAUACACACGGGCGAGAAACCAUUCGGCUGCUCAAUAUGUGGGAAGCGCUUCUCCCUCCGAGGGAACCUCGUCACCCACGAAAGGGCACACAGUGGCAGCAAGCCCUUUAUCUGCCGCCACUGUGGCAGGGCUUUCUCCCAUGGUUCCAACCUGAGGGCUCAUCAGCGCAUUCACACCGGAGAAAAACCUUUUCGCUGCUCGGUUUGCGGCAUGACGUUUGCUUGGUAUUACCCCUUCAAAAGACAUAUUGGCCUGCAUUGUGUGAGUGGCCAAAACUCAUGAUUAUAUUUGGGAUUUGUGUUGCUGUAGUUUUGUCUAGAACCCCAGCAGAGGCUUGCAAUCCACAGUACUGAUUGAAGUGGGUUCCUGAUGAAAUGUGAAUAUAACAUUUUUACCAUGUUGUCGGUUACUCAGAGAAGAACCGUGGUGGUGUUUCAGUAGGAUGAGGCUUUUAAAGGCCCAGUGUUUUACUUUGUUAGAAAACAGACUGUUAUACUUCUGCUAAUCUAAUAAACUCUCACAUAUUUCA